AUGGCACCCUCCAAUGAGUCAAAUGAGAAGGCCACUGUUGUGUCAUCAGCGAAAAGUGUAAUUUUAGAUGUUGAGUCUAUAUAUGAGGAGGCUCUAACAUGUAAUGUUUGUGAUCGGACAUUUUCCUGUCCAAAGCAGUUGUCAGCACACAAGCAGAAAAAAAGGCAUUUUGGGUGUUCAGCUUGUGACUCCUUGUUCACAUCACUAAUGGCCCUGGAACAUCACAAGGAGGAGUUCGAACACUGGUCCGACGACGAUGAACUCUGCACAGACGAUUCGGAAGAGGAUGACGACACUGUAAUCAGUGAGGAAUGUGAGAGGCUUCUAUAAUAACAACGGACCAUAGAUUUACUGUUGGCCUAGGUUCCUUUUAUAGAGGAAAGAAAGAACAUCAUUAUAUUGGAAGUACCCAAGAACAGUUAACCUAAUAGGACUGCUCAUUCAGCCAAAGUGUCCGCCAGGUGCAUGCGAAAACUACUCGCUUUGUGAUGUCAUUGUAGUCC